AUGGGGGAUGGGAUAACCCUUCCAACCCGGGAUCAGCCCUCACCGGAUGUGGAGCAAGUAUCGGAUUUGUGGAAAGAGGCGUUCGAGGCCCUUGACGAAGAGUACAAGAAGUCGAUCUCUAAGAACGUGCCUUCUGAAGGGGAUGACCCGGUUGAACAGCUGAUCGAGCUCGUGCAAGUUCAGGAAGACAGGUUCAAGGACCAGUCGGCCAAGAUCACAGUUGGAGGCAGAGAUAUACUAUGGAGGGACUUUUCAACGCGCGUCAUCAGUCUCCUUUCCGCUGCUGUCGACAUUGGCAUACAAUUCGCACCUACCCCUGGGCCAGUUGUCUGGUCAGCUCUUAAGGUCUUGCUCAAAGCGCACGCCAGUGGGUGUGAAAGUGUUGCUGCUAUCUUCGGAUGUGCUGAUAGAGUUUUGCGUCUGUUCAACCGUGGUGCAAUCUACGAACAGGUAUUCUUGCGAUCAAACCCCGAUGACCUUGAUGCUUGCGCAAAAGACUUGCGUAAAGCUCUCAUUGACGCCUAUCGAACUGCGCUUGAGCUUCUGGAUUACGCGAGAAAGCAGCUCGGGGAUGGUGUCGCUGUACGCCGAUUCUUCGAAGCCCUGUGGGAUCCCCACAAGACGAAAGACAAGCUAAACGAGCUCGAAGAAGCUGAGAAAAGCUUGCAAGAAGUCGUACUAGCAUGCGAUAUCAAGAAGAAGCAUCUUCAAGAUAACAAUAGUCUGAGGCUUCUCAAUCGACUGAACGAUCCACUGCGAUACAUCGACAGAACGGUGACCAGGAUCCUCACGGAAAUGGAAGAUGACAAGCUCAUGAGAACACUCAAUUUUAUUUCCGAAAUCAAUGUGGGAGAUCAACACAGUUCGAUGAAAAAAAAAAGAACUCAAGGAACAGGAGAGUGGCUAACAGAACGGAAAGAAUUUUGUGACUGGGAGGACUCGAGCUCAUCCAACAUUCUUUGGCUUAGUGGAAAGGUUGGUGCCGGCAAGUCAGUGCUCACAUCGAACAUAAUUGAUCGUUACCUGGCAAACGAGUAUAACCGAGAUAAGGUCGACAACAACUUUGACGAAGGCUUCGCAUUUUUCUAUUACAGCAAGAACGACAAAAACGUCACAGACGACCCAGUUAACAAUAUACUUCGAAGCUUUUUGCGGCAGCUGGCUCGAGUACCGCACUACGCGAAUAGAGUAUUCAAUGAUCUAGCCAGUCUAUGCCGAAAUAUGGAAAGGGAUCAACGAGCCUUCACCCCAAACCUUUGUCGAGACAAAAUAUCAGUACUUGUCAAGGCGCUACCGAGGACUACACUUGUACUUGACUCCCUAGACGAGCUGGAGCCCCAGCAGAUGCAGGAGAUUAUCAGCUUUUUGGUGAGCCUCGUUAAUACUUCUGAACGACCAGUUAAGAUAUUCGUCUCCAGUCGAUUCUCAACAGAUAUCUGCAAUGAGAUCAACAACGCCAACAACGAACCUACGCGUAUAGACAUCGCUGAACAGAAUCAACGAGAUAUCAAGACCUUUGUUCUCGAGGAGACCGAGAGAAUUGAUUGCCACUGGAGGAAUGACGAUAUUAGGGGGAAGGUCGUUGAAACGAUUAGCAAAGACGCCCGGGGAAUGUUUAGAUGGGCGUUCCUGCAAAUUGAGAAGCUCGUCAAGCUAAUUUCCACCGAGGAUGUCGCGGAUCAACUCGGGAAACUUCCUGUUGGGUUGACAGCAGCUUACGACGAGUUGUACGCGAAGCCCGGAUCCCACGACGGUAUCUAUCUACAACGAGCUGUGAAAUGGGUCAUCCAUGCGCAUAUUCCACUUUCAACGGAACAACUUCUUUCGGCCGUACAACUGUGUCUUGCCGACGAACAUGGUGACUUGGCAUUGGGCACUAGGGGCCAAAGACUAUCAGAGCAGGCCUUAGAAAUUAUCUGUCAACAUCUCAUCGUCAAAGAUGACCAGGGAAAAUGGGCUUUUCCUCACGCAUCGGUUCAAGAAUACUUCGUCAAAAAGCACCCCGCAUUGACCAACGACCAUGCUCGCAUUGAGAUGGCCAAAUUAUCGCUAUUGGCACUUAUCGAAUUGUACCAAUGCCCUACCGUCACAGAAUCUCCUGAUUCAGAUCGAGUGGGUCACCAGAUCGAAGGAGACGAAUUCAGGACCGUAUCUGAGCCUUACCCAGACGAUUCUUUCGAAUGCUACGUAUCACGAUAUUGGAUCUCACACGUCAGAAAAGCACAAGAUUUCGCUGAGGCGGUCAACCAGAUCUCGGAAUUGCUCAAACGAUUCAUGAUCUCUCCAGACUGCCCCCGUCACUCAACCAUGGAGUACCAAAAAUGGUUGACUUAUAUGUUGAAGACGGACAGAUCUGAAUUAAAUUGGUCAAUUGCUCGUCUCUGGAGUUUAGACUUGGAACCUGUCACAAACCCAGCAUUUGGGAUAGUGGUUCUUGGCAUUACUCUCUAUCAGAAAGAAUGGGCAAAAAUCUGUCUUGAACUCAAUCUUGAAGAGCUCAAUGCGGGUGAGUUUGAUACUCUCGCUGUAGCUGCACAAUACGGACGCGCCGAACUUUGUGCCUCACUCAUUGAAAUGGGAAGCAAUCCGAACAAAGUUAUGGCACGGGGCACUGCCUUAAUUCAGGCUAGCAGAAGUAAUCAGCUAAUCUCUGUUCAAGAGCUUCUGAAGAACGGGGCCGAUCCAAACAUCACAGCUAGCACACGCCCAUUAUGUGCAGCGGCUCGUGAAGGACAUUGUGAGAUCGUCAAACUUCUGAUUCAGUAUGGGGCCAAUCCUGACGGGCUUUGCCCUUCCUGUCUAUAUCACUGUGCUUUGGCAGGCUGCUCAUACUGGGACAGCCGAGAUGCAGCAGAAAUAUUGAUCAAGUCUGGGGCGACUGUGGACUUGCAUCUCGAUAACGGUGACGGAACAACCCCGCUUUCAGUUGCUGCCUAUGAAGGCGCUUUAAACGUCAUUGAACUUCUUCUCGAACAUGGUGCGGAUCGGAACAUCAAAUCUGGGAAGUAUGGCGGUAUCCUAGGGGCAGCCUUUUCUGGCAUCAGUGCCAUGAAGGUUGUCCGUUAUCUUAUCGAGGAGGCUGGGUUACAUCCCAGGAGGAUUAUUGAAGAUCUCCUGGAGAACCACGCCUGGGUAAAUGAACAUUUCGUGGAAGGAAUUUGGAAGCAUCUAGAUUAG